CUCCCAGAUGUGAUCAGGCACGACAGAUGCCUCAUCAAGCAUUAAUCAGCUCCUUGGCUUGGUUGGCAACAGCUCGUCACUUCUGAGAAACUUCACCAUCCUCAGAGGUGUGGGGAGAAGAUGUGGACAAGUCCCAUGGAGCUCAAGUGGCUUUUGAUGUGGCUCAUGUUUGGAUUAAUCAAGGGGAACAAGCCAGGUUUAUGCCCACAUCUUCCAACGCCUGAAUUUGCUGAUGUUACUGCUGAAAUGUAUCCACCACAGACCAAACUGUACUAUGAGUGUGACCCUGGCUAUGUCAGAAAAGCUAGUGCAUACCCAGGAAUUCUGUGUAAGAUUGAACAGCAGGGUGCUGUUUGGAAAUACAGUCUAUUUGAAUGCUUUGAUGAGAAAAAUUUGUUGUCAACGGCUCCCACAAUGGAGUUAGGACUUACACAGGAGCCAGAAAGAGAACCAAGGAGCCCUGCACCCCAGAAGCGAGAAGACUUUUCAGAGUCCAAACAAAAAGAUUUCUGUGGUCCUCCCAAGACUAUUCCACAUGCCUCGAUAAGGCUGCCCCGACUACAUUACGUGGGACAAGUCUUACAUUUCAAAUGCCAGACAGGUUAUGAUAAGAGACCUCCCACCUUUGGCAGCAGGACGUGCAAGGAAGAGAAUGGCAAAAUCAUCUGGACCCCCCUUGACAUGAGAUGCACCAAUGACAGCAGCCAGUGGCCACCACAGACCAUUGGGCCAGGUUUGGCUCUUCUGUCCUCUUCCCCUUCUUCGUCAGGGACACUGCCAGUGACAGGUUUUACAGCUUUAUGCUUUGUUCUGCUUAUCAUUCCCACUGCCUUUGUGUGACUCACCAAGAAGACAAUAAGGGAAGACUUCUCAGGGAAUUGUGUCAUUCAGAUACAAACUCCUGAAAUUAAUGACCCACCACAGAAGAAACCAGAUUGUAUCAGCAACCCUAAGACCAGCAGUGGCAAACGAGGAGGAAGCUUGGACAUUCAAAUCCAACGUGUGAAGGAGACAGAAGAUGUUACAGCUAACUCUUGUGGAGACAGCAUGACUUUUCACUUACGGAGUCCUGGUAGGAGGACUGCACCCCAUCACUGACAGAUGGGGAAAAAGCCUGGCUGAAACUGCCUCCCAAACCCACUUCUCCUCCUGCCAUGCAGCAGAUGUAUUUCUAAUAUAACUGCAGCCCCUCCCAAGCCACCAGGAGUACAUAUGGACCAUUCUCCCCAGAACAUUAAAUGGUGCCACCAUCAUUUCAGCCCACACACCACCCUCCUCACACACAGAGCAGCUUUGCUGGACACCUGACGUCCCCUUGCUUCUUCCCUGCCCAGCUGGGUCAAGCGCAAGCACACUUUUCUCCUCAAAUUGUUCCCCUUAGAAAUUAAACCCCUUCAUCCCCUGCACUGCAGCUGAAGAUCUCACUGGACUCCCUUAUGGUUCACUAUAUACAUGCAUUCCUCAUCACUCUCCUCUUCCCAAUUAUUUUGGAUUAGUGCCUUCUGUGACAGUUCCUAGAUCAUUCCUCGAGCUCAGAUAAGGAUGCUGCAGAUUGUGGCAGCUGAUUAAUUUGACAGCUCCUUUCGUAUCUGCAGAGUGUGAGAGAGCCCAGCACAAAGGCAUCUGAGGACAGGCUCAAGCACACAUAAUACUUGACAUGUUCUUGUAUUAUUAGGAGUUUGUGAGGUCUGGAUAGUUUUCUGCCUUGUUUUAGCCAUGCUCAGCUGGGUAAGAUGGUUUUCACCUGGCUGAAUGCAAGUAUCUGUGUCUGAGGAAGGCAGUGGGGAGGAACAAGUCCUUUUUAGA